UGAAUAACAGCAUUAUAUUUUUAAUAUUAUUAUUUUAUUUUACACACAGUACAGUUUGUUUUAUAUCAUAUCUGCUAAUAAUGUUCAGUGAAUUAUGAUCAUUGGAUUACUGUCUCAAAUUAAUAACUCGUAAACAGUUGUUGUAUUAAGUUCUAUUUGAUCUUUGUAUAUUGUAUAAUUUUCUCCGUACUUCUUUAGACAAAUUAUUUUAUAUGUAUACUGAUAAAUUAAGGUAAUAUCAAUACCUUACUUAUUUACCAGGUAUCAUAAUUAAAUACUAGCUGUAUUAACCCUAAAGAAACCAAUGGAUUUGGUAACUUAUGAAUCCCUUGUAACAAAUACAAAAGCGGCUUUGGCUGAUAAUAUUCAAAAGGACGAAAGGAAUUCAACAUUUUAUAAACAUUUAACAUCUCUUUUGGAAGACUGUGUAAUGUGUAUCACUCAGACUUUUGAUAUGGCUGUAGACUUACUUUUGGAUCCAAAUGUAAGAAUAAGUAAGUUGAUUGAUUACAUAAGUAAUGCUGCAUGGAUAAUACAGAUGCUUUCCAAAUUUUUGAAGAAAGUUGUUGAUUCUGUAUCAAUGUCCUGUUGUUCUGUGAAAAUAUUUCCGACUGCCACUGGACAUAUUCUAUUAAAUGUUUUCAUGCAUUGUAAAGAUAGUGAAUCUAUCUAUGGAAGAAAUUUGGUUAAUGUAGAAACAGAAUUAAAAGACUUAUUCCGUGCCUGUCAUGAACUUCAGCUCACCUAUUUGAUGAUAUUAGAAAAACACUUUGUAUUUAAUUUGAAUGAAGCAGAAGAACAGGAUAUACUGCUUGAAGCAUUACAUAUGAAUUUGGAGAUAGGAAAUAUUGUGCAGAGUUUGGAUGUGAAAACUAUGGCAGAGCAAUGGAAAGGUUUUAUAGUAGUAUGUGAAAAGUAUUCCAAUAAUCUUAUGGAUAAAAAUAUUUACAAUGAUUGUACAAAAAUACUUUGUGCAAUGGCCACAAAUAAUAUGAGUACUGCAAUAGAUAUUGAACAAGAUGAGAAAGUUAUUGUAAGAUCCUUGAAAGUGGCAAGUUUCACAAUUAAAAUAUUAUUAAAAGUUACAAAUAUUUUCAAGUAUGCCACAUUUAAAGAAUGCGAUCACAUUGUUGACCUGAUGGUUUAUAUUUACUUACACACUGAGUCUUAUUUGGAAUUAAUGGCAACAAAGUCACUACAAUUUUCACAUUUAUUCAGAAGUAAUGUAUUAAAUCCAGCAGACAGCUUGCUGAAAGAAAUCCUAUUAGAUGAAGUAUUUAUGAAUUGUAUAUUUCAUUAUAAUGUAAAUAUAAUAAAAGAGGAUGACAAACUACUGGGGUUUAUAAUUCUCCUAAUAGCAAUUAUGAAGAUUUUUCUGGAAAACCCUCAGAAAUAUGCCUUUUCUAAAUACCAACUACUUAUACGUGUUUUCGAUGUGGUAUCGCAGUGUCAUGUUUGGUUCAACAUAGGUCUAAAAUUUGAAAGAGUAAAUAAUUGUAAUAAUCGGCAGCUUACAUAUGGAUUGUAUGAAUACCUUCUUACUCACACAACAGCAUUUAUGAUGACUCUAAAUCAGGAAGAUACAAAUUUUGUUAAGAGAUAUAUGUAUAAUAUACUGCUUAGUACAGACUGUUAUUGCUCACUUUUUGCAUCAAAUAUAUGGUUUUUAAUAUCUAGAAUUCACAACCAUCAACUGGAUGACGUAGUAGUAUUAUGUCGAGUCUACCAAAAACUAGAGAGUAAUGUAUUAUUUCCGAACACGCCACAACAAGUUCAUCUUAGUUACAUAAUCGGUAGAUUAUUUGAAACAAUGUCUAAUGAUGACAAAUUAAAACUAUAUACACAAUUUAGUCCAAUAUUAGACAAAACAAAUCUUUCAUUAUGGACUACUCUUAGGAUUGAGAAUUUACCUGUAGAUUUACAAUACAGGACCCUAGAGGAAGUAACAGAUAAAUGUAAGCUGCUAUUGGAUGUACUGUUUGAAGGGUGUGUGCAGACUCAAGCUGAAAUCUUUACUUUGGCACAAUUAAUGAAACUUACAGCUACUGGUUCAGGAAUAACUGAUGUUUCAAUGAAAGACUAUAUUCUCAAUUCAUGGGCAAAAGGGUGUCCGAACCAUAAUGUUAUUUUUUUAAAAGAUCUAGAUAAUAGUAGAAUUUGGUAUCUGAAAUAUAUUGAAGCAUUGACACUUCUAACAAUAUCUGUAAAGUCUUUGAUACUUGAUAGUCAAGAUGUAAUGAUGAUACUCCAUGUAGUUGCAUGUAUCUGUCAAAAUGGAUACACGGAAAUAAAAUUAUUGUUAAGUGAAUUAUCAUGUAUAUUGACUAAUAAUAUUGUACAAGACGAGCACAAACAUAAUAUAGACUGUCUAUUGGUUGAAAUAUUUAAAUAUUUAUUUCAAGAUACUAAUGCAAAUGUGAGAAAUAAAUUACUUAGAAUAUUAAGUAAAUAUAAUCACCAUCCAAAUAUGGAAGAAAUUAUGGCGUUAAUUAUUAGCGAAAACCAUUCAAUAGCAGAGAUUUGGAGCUAUUUUGUAGAGCAUCAAACAUCGAAAAAUCAUGAAUAUUAUAGUCUUAAACAACAAUUAUUAUCUACAAAAGAUUUUAAAUACAGUCAUAUUUGUUCUCACAAUGAUGAAAAUACCCCACACAGCGUUUGUAAAACGACCAGCGGGAAUUUUGAAUUUGCUGAUAUAGAUACAUUCUUUAAUGAAAGUGAUGCAGAACCCGUGUCUAAAAAAGUUAAAUUAUAUGCCAAUGAGGUUGAAGAUAUUGUAAAUAGACUGGAAAUGGAUACUACAUCGUUGUGUAAACUGACAGAAAACAUAUCUGAUUUCGAGCAAAAAAGAAGAAUAGAAAAUAUAUGUAAUAAAUUAAAAUCUCUUACUGGUUAAAAUAAUAUAUUGUAUAUACACAACUUGAUCGUUUUUUAAUUUUCUGACCUACUGAAUUGUCGUUGUACUGGAAUAAAACAAAAACAUAUUUCACAUUUAUAUUUAUUGUUGUGUUAAAAAAAUCUUUACAAAUAAGUGAAAUAUAAUAAUUGUAGAAUAAUAAGUAAAGCAGGUAUUACACUGCCAUAUUUCUAAUUUAAAGAUAGACAAAUAUAUCCAGAGAUCAAAAAGAGAUAUCGGUAUUAUGUGCCGCGACUUGGUUAUAUAAAUCAUAACCAUAUAUGGGAGUGUAAUACCGGGCUGUGAGAAAACUUAAAAUAGAUUUAAUUGAUACUCGGAGGUAAUAAGACCUUAGUUCACGUCGCAAACAGUAUCAACUAACAUCAGUCAUCAGCACUCGAAUUUAACAUUACCCUACAUUUGCCGACACAUACUUGCUACAGCUGUACAAUACUGUAAACCAUGUACAAAUGUCGAUCAUUACAGCAACAAUUACUAAAUAAAUUCUAGUUUAAAGUAUCUAACAUUCACGUCAUCUUAGCCUACGCAUCUUAUUGAUCUUUUAUUGUGAUGGCCUUAUUAGAAAAGUAAUUGAAAUUUGGCUAACUAAUUAUAAAAUAUGAAUAUUAUUAUAAUAUUGCCAUAAAACAUUGACAGCGAACUUAGCUAUUUCAAUAAAGCAUAAAGCCUAAAGCAUAUUAUACAGCUAAAUCUUAAAGGAAAUUUAAAGUACACAAUAAAUUAUAGAGUAAAUAAUAAUGAUACAGUAGAAUAAAAAAUAUUGAGUUGGAAUCAUUAACUGAAGUUGCAUAAGUUCUGUUUAAUCUUACAUAACUCUGAUGCCUUGAAUUAGUUUGUAAGGGAUGUACUAAUGUCUAAUUUUUUUAAUAUAAAUAAUUCGUGCUUUAUCCACAGUGCAUUGAGAAAACGGUCUACUUAUUGAGUAGUUAUCAAGACUGGCGAGCGAACGAAAAUAAUAUAAAUGUAUCUUUUCUCUGUAGUCAAUCUCUCAUUUCUGGUACAAUGUAGUCUUAGUAACUACUCAUUGACAGACUGCGAAUAUUUUGUGACAUAAACAUCCAAAGACGAAAACACCUUAUGAGUAUGUUUAAAAGACAUAAUUUGUGCGAAAUAGUUACAUUUUGUAAUAAUAUUGUCUCUUUCAUUUAACAGUCUAGGAAAUUUUCUAUUUGUCACAAGUUAUAUUAUGAUGAUCCAAUUACAAUUGGUUUAGUGGACUUUGAUCUGUCGAAAAAAUUAAUAUCAACGUUGUAAUAUCACUCGCAACAGUUUGAUUCAAUAUUGCUCUUAUGUACAGUGAUCGUAGGAAGUAGAAUUAACAAGACAAACGUUUACUAUUUUAUAUUUAUAUAUAUAUAUAAUAUUGGUAUUAUAAUAUUUUUUUUAAGCUUACAUCAAUAACUACUCCUUUAAAUGUUCUGAGGAUGUAAAUAAAUUGAAUGAAUUACUUCAACUCUUGUCGUAUUACAAUUUAAGCACCGGAUUUUAACAUAAUAUUGCACAAUGUACGUCGAAUUAACGUCUUCAGUAGUGUGCAGUUUUAAGUAAAUAAUAUGCUUGCUUUAAGUGAUUAAUUACUGACUUUAAAUAAUACUAAGUUAAUUCUAAUAUGUUAGGAUACAAAACCUACACAUUGAAAAAUACUUAUUUACUUAGGCCAAUUUAUAUCUUACUUAAUCGUAAGAUAUAUUAUAUCGUAAGAUACACAUUACAAUAAUUCUCAAUAUGAUCUGCUUUUCGUGACAUCUAACUUUUACUUAAACUUAAACUCUUGGCACAAAUAAAACGAUAGGAUUCGGAUUUGCAUCACUAUACAAUACAAUAACUAACAGAAAAUGUAUAUUGUUGAGCUCGACGAAGUCACUUAUCUGUUAGGAAACUGUAUACGCGAGACACAAUAAGUUUACAUAAUAUCAUUACUAAAUAAAUAAAUGACUCGCAUUCGAUAUAAUCAUUUGUAUUUUAGAGAAAUUCAAUUGCGUUAAUAAUUACAUAAAUAAAGUCCUAAUAUCUAAAUACCCUCAGAACAAUUAAUAUGUAUAUAAAAUUCAGUUCUUUAUUAGGAUUAUUUGGCAUCUAUCACCAAUAUUGAUAGUCUACUUUAAACAUGGUAUACGAAGGUGAAAUACCUAAUCGAUUAUGCGCCUUUUAAACUAAAACACAUACAAAAUCGCGCUCUCAUUGCACGAUUGGAUUCCCUGCCGAACCUAAAUUUCCUCCUUAUCACGCACACAUACGCGUUAAGUCUGCGUACACGCCGUCACAGUUGCCACGGUCGUCACACUCGCCACAGCGGCCGAGCACGCACGCACACCCGCGCCAUCAUCACUCCUCGGCAUCGCUCAUAUACCGAUAUGCAAUAAACACGAAACCAAUGUCUUGUUUAGUCGUAAAAUAGCCUCUUCCAAUACUUUAUUUACUGAUUUGUCAUAAGGCCAAAUGUAUAAUCGUAAAAUUUAAUGGCAAACAACCUACAAGUGAAUUACAAUACAAAAUGUCGCAGUCAGGAGUCCUUGUUAAAAAGUACAAUCAUAUUAAAACAACGAGAAUGAACUUUCAUUAAAAUUAUUAGUUUGGCUAAGUCAAUAUACCUAUAGUAAAUCAACGGACGAUUAUACUCGUAUGUUAACGGGAUAUUACUCUUCUGCGUACUCAAUAGAGUACAAAAUUGUGCAUUAAAUAAAUUUUAAUGAUCUUGAAUUUUUUGUAUUUAUAUAUAUAGUGUCUUCUAUAGCACAGAUGGACUGUUUCACACCAUUUUUCAGUCAACAAUCUUGACUGAUA